ACUUAUAAAGUGGGGUUAUGCGUAUUGUCAGAUUUCUGUUUAUGUGUACAUUUUUCUUCAAAAAUGUAAAUACUUCAAAAUAUGGGAAGUAAACUUCAAAAGUUGGAAGAGGUUAAAUGUGUUUUAUAAAUGAAACGAAAGUAAUUGAAGAAACAUGUGAAUAAUUGUCAUUAAUAUAUUUUGACGACCCUUUACACAUUUUUCAUUAAAAAUGACUGUAAUAAGUAUGAGUGACGCUGAUUUCAAAAACAUAUUAGCUACAACAGCGUCAAUAUGCACAAUUCUACAGUUUUUGACUGGGACCCUCACUUGUCAAAAAUUUGUACAAAAUAAAAGCACUGGAGAUAUAUCUUCCUUUCCCUUUGUAAGCGGCUGUAUUUCUACAAGUUUAUGGUUACGCUAUGGUUUUUUAAUUCAAGAUCGAUCCCUUAUUUUAGUGAAUACAGUAGGGGCCACAUUAUUUUUUGCAUAUGUCGUUACAUUUUAUAUCUAUAGCAUAAAAAAGACGAUGGUGAUUCGUCAAUUCUCCAUUUGUCUCUUGUUCCUCCUCAUAGUUCUAGUCUACAUCCACAAUUCCAAACAUCCAGAAAAUGCUAGAUCACAUUUGGGACUGAUUUGCAGUGGUGUGACCAUAGUAUUUUUUGCCGCCCCAUUUGCAACACUAAUGCAUGUUAUCAGAGUUAAAAACACGGAUAGUUUGCCAUAUCAUUUGAUAUUUGCAACGUUUAUAGUUUCCCUGCAAUGGAUGAUGUAUGGAUUUAUCUUGAAUGAUAGGUUCAUUCAG